AUGAUGAGCUACAGAGAUAAACUCGAACGCAGUGUCUCUCUCAUCCCUGCAGCCGCUGCUCUCGGUGCGGAGGAUCGUGCUGCUCUUGUUAAAGCUCUGGAGAGCUUGGUUGGACAGCAUUCUGCCAAAUUGGAAUCACCCGAGCUGAAGAAGCGCCUUGCAGCUUUGACUGAAAUACAGGGCCAACUCAAGGACCUGAAAAUAAAAUUUGUUGAGGAGAGAGCUGCACUGAAAGCUAGACAGAAUCGUUGCCGGGAAGAAGGACACAACUUUAGGCUUUAUACACUGAUGAAUAAUGAAGUGCUUGCUCAGGAGAUCACAGACCAAGAUGAAGAGGCUCUCAAGACCGAGAUCAAGUGGUAUCCGGGGAAAAACUUGACUGACAACCUUCACAGCUUCUUCAACUUCUUUCAACCUGUCCAGGCGGCAGAUGUCCAAAGUAGGAUCCACUGUGAUUAUGACAUUUUUUCAACAAUUCGAGAUGAAAUUAUCCCUCAGUUUCCCCAAGUGAUGAAGCGGAACAAUAAGGGACUAAUUGGUUUUACUUCGAGGGAGCCAGUACUGAAAAACAUAUUUUUAGGGGAGAGGGCUGUGUUGGAAGGAAAAUAUCAGAAGCUGUACGAACCUCUUUACAAAAAGAGAUAUGAGAUUGUUAAUGGCACAACUGGAACUGCAGUAGACCAAGAAGGAGAUAAAGCCCGAGAAGAGAAAGGAGUGCCUUGCUUUUGGGCUAUUGCAAUGAAGAACGAUGAAGUACUUGCUCAGAAGAUUACGAAGUGUGAUGAGGAAGCUCUCAAAUAUCUCAAAGAUAUCAAGUGGUCUAGGAUAAACAAUUCUUUGGGGUUCAAGCUGGAGUUCUUCUUUGAUCCAAAUCCAUAUUUUGAAAACACUGUCCUAACCAAAGCAUAUCAUAUGACUAGUGACAGUCAACCUGCAGUGUUGGAGAAGACAAUUGGGACAAAAAUCAAUUGGCUUCCUGGCAAGAGCUUGACAGCUAGUCUUCUGAAGAGGCCAAGAAAGCGAUCAAAGACUGCUGAGUUCAUGACCAAACAUCAAAGUUUUUUCAACUUCUUUAACACUCCCAAGUAUCCUGAGCUCAACUUAUAUGAAGCUCAAUUUGAAGUUCAGAAGCAUCUGGAUUAUGAAUAUGGUAAAACUAUUCGAGACAAGAUCAUUCCUCAUGCAGUAUCACUUUUCACUGGGGAAGCUGUUGACCUAGGCACUGAUUGUGAAGAUCUAGAUGAUGAUGAUGAUUUAAAUGAUGAGAACUACUAUUCUGACGAUGAGGAGGAGGAGGAGGAGGCUGAGCAGGACCCCUAUGAAUGUUUAGCUUACUGA